CAGGGCUGGAAACUGCCACUCCAUAGGUCGUAUUUAUUUUCGGUUGGAGAUGUUUAUACUUUUUUGAUAAGAUUAAAUGAAAUGGCAAACCUCAGCCCACUGGUCUACUGGUCGCAGACCAAGCAGACAUUGUUACUGAAAGUCGACCUCAAGGAUGCCAAGGGCGCUAUCGCGGACUUUUCGCCGGUUUCGGUGAACUUCAGUGCCAAUGGCCACGGAGCUCGUGGCGUGAAUGCCUACAAGUUCGAGCUGCACUUCUACGCUAAGAUCAACGAUGAGAACGCAACCUUCGUGGUCAGCGACAACAAGAUAGAGCUGCAGAUCCGGAAACUGGAGCCGGAGUGGUGGCCCCGUCUGGUGGCCACUCCCCAGAAGCCCCACUGGCUGAAGGUCGACUUCGACCGCUGGCGCACCGAGGACGACGCCGAGGUGGAGGAGAAGCCCCGCGAUGUGCGCCAGGACUACGAGAAGGAGUACGCCGAGCUCCAGAAGCGCGAGCUGGGCUACAUCAAGGAGAAAACCAAAAAGGUGUACAUGAUUUUCUACAACCUGGCCAUGUUCGUGGGCUACCUAUACAUCAUGGUCGUUAUGGGAGUGCUAUACUACCGCGAUGGCCCUGAUAGCAUUGCCAAAACCUACGCCAAUGUGGGCAAUGCAUAUAAGUUUAUACAACUGCUGCAAUAUCUGGAGGUGAUGCACCCCAUGUUCGGCUACACCAAGGGCAGUGCGAUGGUGCCUUUUUUUCAGGUCUCAGGGCGAAACUUUAUUCUGUUCCUUAUGAUCGACAUGGAGCCACGCAUGCACGCCAAGCCCGUGGUGUUCUACGUUUUCGUAAUCUGGUCUUUGGUCGAAUUGGUGCGAUAUCCCUUCUACUUGGCCCAAUUGCUCGGACGGGAAGUGGGCCUGCUCACUUGGCUGAGAUACACUAUCUGGAUACCACUUUACCCCAUGGGCAUCCUGUGCGAGGGCAUUAUCGUACUACGCAAUAUUCCCUACAUCGAUGAGACGAAACGGUUUACCGUGGAAAUGCCCAACCAAUGGAACAUCACCUUUGACAUGGUUCUCUUUCUGAAAAUAUACCUUUUACUGCUGAUCCUGCCCGGCAGCUACUUGGUCAUGUCGCACAUGGCCAAGCUGAGGUCCAAAAAGCUCGGAAAGGGACGCGCUAAGCGCAUGCAGCACCUUCACGCCGACUAGUCGACACACUGCCUGGAGCAAGGCCAUCUACAUCUUAAGGCAACAGUGUGAUUUCCUGUCAAUAUAUAUGUCGUAUAUGCAUCAGUGGCCGCCUGGAGGUCAGAGAAACCAAAGAAAAGGAAACCGCACCCGGACCAACUCUGCACUUGUUAAUGACCUCCUUGUGUCGGACAUCGAAAUGCAUUUCCCGGACGGGCCACAUGGCACGACAGUAUGCAAUAAAACUUCCACUAAUUGCAGGACACAACCGCAACGAGGUUGCUGCCACACACCACACUUGAAAGUGCCGAAAGUUUUACGAGUUUUAUUACAUUUAAAAAAGAGCAAAGAUAUGUACGUAUACCGAAAGGAUAAAGGGAUUUAAACGUACAUACGUCGAAAAAAGCCCAUAUUUUAAGUACAUUUAGAAGCUCAUUAUAGGGUAAUAAUAGCGAACCACGUACUUCUCGGUUAAAAUUUAUUACCAA